AUGAAAAGAGUAAACCUAAUUUCAGUGUACACCUCAAAUGCAGAGCUCUCACCUUCGCCAUCUGCAUCACUUGCACAGCCGCCUCACACCGGCACCACAUUGUUUCACACAGCACAUUCACAAGGCCCCGAAUCAGAUAUUAUUAUAAGAGUUUUGACUUGGAAAGAGAGACUCGGUAUUGCUCUAGAUGCCGCACGAGGACUGAAUUACCUGCAUUCUCACCGCAAUAUGCCGAUAGUUCAUAGAGAUAUAAAGCCAGCCAACAUUUUGUUAGACAAAAGAUUGCAAGCCAAGAUAGGUGAUUUUGGUAUUUCUAGAGCUUUUGCAACUGAAAGUAUCACUCAUGUAUCAACUUUGUCCAAAGGAACACUUGGAUACCUUGAUCCCGAUGAAGUUAAUAACCAGCGUAUCGAAAGCGUAGUGGAUCCAAAAUUACAGGGAAAGUACAAGAUGGAUUCUGUUAGGAAAGCCAUACAAACUGCCAUGGCUUGUGUGCCUCUAACCGGAGCCGAAAGGCCAGACAUAGAUGUUGUCUAUAAGGAUUUAGAGCAAUGCUUGAAAAUGGAGUCGGCUCCUGAUCCCGAACCAAGGACUACAGUGAGCGAUGAUAUUACAUUUCCAACGAGCAGCAACGUCUAA